UGCCAUCUUGUGUCAGGAAGCACUACUAUUCAUAAAUAUAAUUUAAUUAAUAAAUUAUAAAUAUAUAUAAAUAAGUAUAUAUACAUAUUGUUUUAGAUAAGUUAGGGCAAAAAAAAAGAUAUUUGUCUUCUUGCUCACUGGAGUCGCUUCACUCUUCAUUUCUCAUGGAAAAACCGGCUGAAAAGUUGUUGAGAAUUAAAAAAUUGUUGUUUUAUUUACCUAAUCAUGUAUAACUUCUUUUAAAACUAUUGUUUUCGUAAAAUAUUUAUUCGUAAUAAUUUUGUUCCUUCAUAGUAUUUUUUUUAUCGUGUUAUUUGUUUUUAGCCGCUAGGUUGUGCAGUGUUUCUUUUCCGAAUGUCAAAAGACAGCAAAAUGAUUUUUGAAAAAGGUGAAAAGGUUCUUUGUUAUCAUGGACCUUUGAUAUAUGAAGCAAAAUGUUUGGAAGCAGAAAUGCAGGACAGUCAAGCAAAAUAUUACAUUCAUUAUGCUGGUUGGAAUAAGAAUUGGGACGAGUGGGUUCCAGAAAACAGAGUGUUGAAAUACAAUGAUGCCAACAUUCAGAAGCAGAAGGAUCUGCAGAAAACGCUCAAGUCAAACCCUCAGAGAAGCAGGAAGGUGGUGAAGCCGCGCAGAACGGACGGGAAGGAUGCUGACGCGCUGCCCACACAGCUGUCUGUGCUGCCGGACGUAGCGGUGAUGUGCGCCGUGCCCGAGGCCAGCCGCAAGAAGCGCGGCCGCGCAGACAAUCCUGACAUGGCGGAGGUGGGCAAAGCGGAGGUGGCGACAUUCCUGCCGGAUGGAUUGAAGGCAUGGUUGGCUCAAGAGCACAUCUAUAUACAUGAGGGCAAGCUGGCCGUGCUGCCCGCGAGGAGCUCUGCGCUGCACGUCGCGACGCAGUUCUUCAAGGCCAAGGCGGCCGGCCAGGAGGACCCCUUCGCGGAGCAGGUGGUGGGGGAAGUGUUGGACGGAGUGAUGGAGCACUUUGCUGUCGCACUUCCGGCAGAGCUCCUCUAUGCACCAGAGAAGGCCCAGUUUAAGGAGUUGAGCGAGAAGUAUCCUAACAUGGCGCUGUGUGAGUUGUAUGGGGGAGCUCACCUACUGCGCAUGCUAGCCAAGUUCGGCAGCAAGCUGAGCAGUCCCAGGUUCGAUGAGUUUACCACAGAGCUGCUUCUGCAGUACCUCAACGAGCUGCUGAGGUUCAUAGCAGACAACCACGCCUCGUUCCUGAGACCGGAGGACUACAGAGCCUCGUGAGUCGGGUGUUGCCACCGUACACGUGUCUCAACUCUGUGGCAUUUCGGUUCUUUUAUAUGUUAUGUGUUUUUUUACUAAAGAGAGAUGAAGACUUUUACAAUAAAGUUUUAAAAAUA